CAAACAGCUCUAGUAUAACACAUACCAUUCAACCUGAUAACAGUAGGCUUACCCAAAAUCCCACGAACUUCAGUUCCUGAAUUUUCCAUUGUGCGGAGCUGGUGCGUGCAUUUCAGAAAAGAGAGAAGAUGACCAAUUUGAAUAAGGAAAGCAACCACCAAAUUCACAUAGAUGUAGACACAAACAACAAAGAAUUCGACGAGAAAUCAGAAGGCCAGAGUUUAAAAUCUUCUUUGGAGAAGGAACUAAAAGCAAUCAAAAAACAUUACGGUUUUAUCUACAAAGUUUCUGAGAAAUACAGGAAUAUAAAAGAAGAAUCUUACACGCCUUGUGUAGUCUCAAUCGGGCCACUUCACCACGGAAAGAGCCAUUUGCAAGCCAUGGAAGGUUGCAAAUUAAGAUGCCUGAAACAAUUGUUAGAUGAGUAUAAGUCUGAAACCGACUUGAAGAAGUUAAGUGACUUUGCAAAUGACCAGGAAACUAUGGUCCGUGCCUGCUACCAAGAUUUCAAGGCCAAAGAAUUUUCUAAGAUGAUUCUACUGGAUGGCAUUUUUAUUAUUACGCUCUUUUUACAGGAUAAUCCGCGUCUGAGAAAAGUAGCUAAGCACGUGUCGACAACAUUGUCUGACAACUCAUGGAUGGCAAGUGAUGUAAAGCAUGAUAUGCUCUUAGUUGAGAAUCAGCUUCCUUUCUUUUUUAUUGAAAGCUUGUUAGAGCAAUUGGAUUAUCGUCCUCCCUUUCCUCUCGAAAACAUUUUUAACUAUUUCAAGGAUGUGGGGAUUACGGGCAGGCUGGAGGAUAAAAUACCUGAAAAUGAAAAUCCACCAUUACAUCUAGUUGAUUUCUUGCUUAUUCUUCACACACCAGCUUCCUCUGUCCCGGAGCCAGGGCAAUCACGCGAUGAGCAAUCUCCAUCUCCGACUGACAUGAAUCCAGGGCGAUCACGCGAUGACCAAACUCUGUUUGGGCGUCGAUAUUCAAGACUAUUAAAUCUCUAUCGGAGGAGAACCUCAAUUCCAGCAGAUGUGGAACCAAUGCAGUCACACAAAUUUCAAUUCACAAAAAGUACUAGUGAGCUACGACAAGCUGGGGUGUGCUUCGAUACACUAUCGUCCAAAGAAUUAUUGAAGGUAUCAUUUAACAAAAUCACCGGACAGCUAAAACUCCCCCAAUUGACAGUAACUGACACAACUGAAACAUUGUUCCGAAAUCUAAUAGCAUUUGAACAAAGUCAGCACCAGAAAUACAUAGCCAGCUAUAUCAUCUUCAUCGACGGCCUUAUCAACACCGACAUGGAUGUGAAACUGCUAGUUAAGCACGGUAUCAUUGAUAACAAACUCGGUGAAAAUCAGCUGGUAGCAGACAUGUUCAACAAUCUACACAAGGAAGUGAUAAAGGACAGGAGACACUUCUAUUUCGCUGAUGUUUGUAAUGAUCUGAACGAGUACAGCAAAGACUUUUUUCAUCAGUUUCGGUCGAGUUGUUUCAAGUGGAAGUUGAUCUUGAGGAACAAGUACUUCAACAAUCCAUGGUCCGCCAUCUCUUUUAUAGCUGCAACUAUAUUAGUGGUCCUUGCUAUUAUACAAACCGCGUGCGCCGUAGCAGAACUCAAGGAUCAGAUGAACAAUUCUCCUCCUAGGAGUUCUGUUUAACUUUUGUAAUCCGUAUGCUUGCUCUUUUUCAGCAUAUAAAUUUAACAAACCACUCCAGUGUUUAGUUAGGCAUUGUUGGAGAUGCUCUGAGCGUUUCGGUUUUACAUAUGUUGCACUGUAUUUUUUUUUUUUUUUGAAUAUGAGAAUAAAUCUCAACGAGGGGCUCCGGCAAGAUCUUGACCGAAGAGUUCCUUUCAUUCAAGAAAGUUUAUCAUCUAACCUUCGGAUAUGUUACACUGUAUUUUGUGUGUUAAUAAUUACACCAUUUUCAUACUUUUGCACGGAUGAUA